AUGGGGAUGGGGCUACGAGUGUCAGUCUCAACCUCAGUGCGCCUGGACUGGACCUGGGCCAUCAUCCUUGAUGGAUCCCAAGCUUCCCAGUUGGAGGGUUUCGACCCUCGCUCCCCCGCAGUAGUCACGGAACUAAGGAAGGGCAAAGCUAGCCAUUUCUUGCCCCAAAGUCAGGGACUUUCAGGGGAAAAGAGGGACGCAAAACGCUGUGUUCUGUUGCACCCCCCAAAGAGCACAUGCAUUACACCUAGUUUCGGAUUAUUCAUCGAUAAAACACCAGGCCUCGUUCGUCAAGUCUACGGAGUGCUCUCUGCUCUGUGA